GUAUUGGAUGAGACUCCUCCUGGAUCGCCGGUAGUCAGUGUGGGUAGGAGGAGAUGCUCAGCAUUUUCUUUGGCAUCGGGAUAGUUAGCUCAAGAGCAGUACUGACUACUUACUUUAUGGUUAGCUAUAAGGGAUAGGCUGAUUUGUCUGAGCAGCUUUUCGUCUUGUCCAGCUCUCCACUGCAAGGCUGAUGAUCUUUGCCAGGUGGCUGUCUGAAAAGUGAGCUUUUGGCUGUGUGCCUUUAAAUAAGGAGGCAAAGCAUUAGGCAGAGCUGAGCUGCUGUGAGCUUAUUUUAUUUUUCCUUAGUGCAAGCUCAGUGGCUGCGUCAGUGGCAGCUUGGAAUGCCAAAAGCAUGAAGUGAUAGGGCAAAGUCAGGGUGUCCAAGACAAGAGCUGCCAUGCUGCCUCAAGACAUGGGGAUGCCUUAAAACAGUACACCCUGGAAACCAGGAUCAUUCAUCGACCGGUAAUAGUUGUGCCAACUCAAGAACAGAACAACCAUGGCUUCUGCACUUACUUCCCGUAUUCAACCAGAUGAGAACCUUGAAAAGAUGCAACAAGGAACAAUGAUGCGCAAGGUCAAAUCCAAGAACUGGAAAAAACCACGAUUUUUUCUGUUAAAGGAUGACAGCAUGACUGUCUGGUACAAAUCUAAGAUGUCUGGCAAUGCCAAAUCUGCAUUCUCUGUGAGUGAUGUGGAGACGGUGCGUGAGGGACACCAAUCAGAAGUAUUGCAAAGUUUAGCCGAGGAGUUCCCGGCCGAGUGCUGUUUCACCGUUGUUUUCCAUGGGCGCCGAAAAAACCUGGACCUAAUUGCUGGCUCAGCAGAAGAAGCUCAGUGUUGGAUCCAAGGUCUGCGACGUCUUGUGGAGAUUGUCACUAACAUGGACCAGAGAGAGAAGAUAGACCAAUGGAUCUGUGAUUGGUUCCAGAAAGCUGAUAAGGACAAGGAUGGGCGCAUGAACUUCAAGGAAGUGCAGGCCUUACUCAGGAUGAUGAAUGUGGAUAUGAAUGAGGGCCAUGCCUACCGGCUGUUCAAGAUGGCUGACAAAUCACAAACAGGAACACUGGAGGGAGAGGAAUUUGUGCUGUUCUACAAGGCAUUAACACAACGGGACGAAGUACUUGAGAUCUUCCAGGAGUACUCUGAAGAUGGCAAGAAGCUGACACUGUUGGAGUUUGUGGAUUUUCUGCAACAAGAGCAAAUGGAAAGCAGUGGCAUUGAUGAACUUGCCAUGGAGCUGAUUGACAGAUAUGAGCCAUCUGAAACAGCCAAAGCUCGCCACAUUCUGAGCACUGAUGGAUUCCUCAUGUACCUUUGUUCACCCGAUGGCUCCAUCUUCAACCCUGAGCACACGAAAGUCCACCAGGACUUGUCUCAGCCCCUCUGCCAUUAUUUUAUCUCUUCCUCUCACAACACGUAUCUGAUGGAGGAUCAACUGCGAGGACAGAGCAGUGUUGAAGGAUAUAUCAGGGCUCUAAAACGGGGAUGCCGCUGCCUAGAAGUGGACUGUUGGGAUGGAUCUAAUGGUGAGCCCAUCGUUUACCAUGGCCAUACCUUCACUUCUAAGAUCCCCUUUCGGGACGUUGUGGCAACCCUCCAGAAAUAUGCAUUCAGGGCGUCUGAAUAUCCUAUCAUCCUGUCUAUUGAAAAUCACUGCAGCAUAGAGCAGCAGGAUAUCAUGGCGCAACACCUGAAAGGAAUUCUGGGAGAGCAGCUCCUCCUCAGCACCAUUGAUGGGCGAGUCCCUGUGCAGCUGCCUUCACCUGAACAACUGAAAGGGAAGAUUAUCCUAAAGGGCAAGAAGAUGGGGUAUUUGGAGGAUUCUCUGAAUGGACAGCCAGAGGAGAUGCCAGAGCGGGAAGAGGGUGAGGAGGAAGAGGAGGAGGAGGAGGAGGAAGCAGAGCCAGAGCCAGAGUCAGAGCAAGACACCCUGCGCUCUGAAGACAAGAGGAAAGAGAAGAAAGCCAAACAAUCUCUCUCCAAGGAGCUUUCGGACUGCAUUAUCUACUGCAAGAGUGUGCCCUUCUUCAGUUUCCAGCAUUCUCGUAGCCACUACAAGCCUUACGAAAUGUCUUCCUUUGCUGAAUCCAAGACACGCAAACUCAUCCGUGAUGCUGGGAAUGACUUCGUCCGCCAUAAUGCCUGGCAGUUGACACGCGUCUUUCCUAGUGGCCUCCGAACUGACUCUUCCAAUUACAAUCCUCUGAUGAUGUGGAACGUGGGGUGCCAGAUGGUGGCCUUGAAUUUUCAAACUGCUGGCACAGAGAUGGACUUGUAUGAUGGGCUCUUCAGCCAAAAUGGCCGUUGUGGCUAUGUGUUGAAGCCAAGCUUCAUGAGGGACCCAGAAACAGCUUUCAGUCCUGAGAAUCCCCAAAACAGUGGUGGCAGAAGUCCACUGAACUUAUUCAUUAAGGUUAUUAGUGGGCAGCAGCUCCCCAAGAUGCCCAACAGCAAAGAGGGUUCCAUUGUGGAUCCACUGGUGAGAGUGGAGAUUCAUGGGGUCCCAGGUGACAAUGCCAAGCAAGAGAGCAAAUAUAUUGACAACAAUGGGUUUAAUCCAAAAUGGAAUGAAAGCUUCCGGUUCCAAGUAUGGGUACCAGAACUGGCACUUCUGCGAUUUGUGGUAGAGGAUUAUGACAAGGCGACAUGGAAUGAUUUUGUUGGGCAGUACACACUGCCUCUUACUAGUGUCAAACCAGGAUACCGCCACAUCCACCUUCUUUCAAAGGAUGGUACAAGGAUCCCACCAGCUUCUCUCUUCAUCCACAUCCGCAUCGUGGAGUUGUCAGCUGAGAGCGACUGAAUCCCACUGCCAUAUCUCAGAAUAUAACUGUCCCUUUCUCCACCCCAUUUAAGUUUUGAAAAUGUGUGUGAGAGUGGGAAGGAACCCCAUGGGAGGAUGCCAUUUCACACCACCUCUAUCUGUACAGAACUGGACUGGACAGAAAUGCUAUUUUGCACUACUAUAAUACUUAUUUUUAAAAAAUAUUUUGCUGCUAUGUUAUUAUUAUUUAAAUUAUUAUUGUUUGCAAGGAGCCCAGCCCCUUCAAGUGUGUCCAUGCAUAUGGUUCUAUUUAUUACAAAAUCUACCUCUGUUGUGAGUAGGAGACGAACUAGCCUGUUCUACCUGGGAACAAAACAUACCCAAGGUAAAGGGAAUUUCCUUCACAGUGUUGCACAUCAGUCAUGCAUUUCAAAAUGGUAUUUUCCUUCCACUUGUCUUCUAAGCCAUCUGGUCUCAUCAGGGCAAAAAUGUAGACCCAGCUAGCUUCUAUCACUAAAACAGAAUCAAACAUGGAAUAUUUAUGCUAUACCUACAUUUCUCAGUACUUGAUAAAAAAGCUACAAGAUCCAAACUAUGGCUCUUGUAGCAACAUUUUCUCCCCAGAGCUGUGCCUCCCCUCCUCCUCAGUUUUGCCUUGCAGAGAAGACGACUCAGAAGAUUGUCAAAUGUUGGGCUGGCUCUUUUCUUUGGAAGUGACAUAUAAGAAGGGGAAAUAUUGUUAUGUUCUUUACUAUUCAAAUGAAGAGUUAUUUUCUUUGGUUUGUAUCCUGGUUGUAGAUUUAUUCUAUUACUAUUCCUUAGUUUGCAGCUAAGAGUGAGUUCAUAUAUGCAUGCUGAGCAUGAAGCCAUAUAUAUGGCAUAUAAACAUUGUACAUCAAAUGGCAUCCACUUGCCACUAACAAUACUUCCCCCAGAGGAGGCACUUUACAUCCAGUGAUGUAUCAUGUAAACCUGUGUAAAUCAUCCCUCAGGGAAGAGCCCAUGUUCGCUGAUUUCUUGAGAAGUCAGCAAGUUGGAAGGGGCUUGGCUUUCCAUCAUCCAUUUAUUCACCAAGAAUAUUUGGCAGCUAACUACAAUCUAACCCUCUUUUCAUACUUCCCUCUUCCCAGUUGGAAUUUACAUAGAUACGUAGACUGUUGACGAUGUGCCUAGCCUCGAGCUGCAAUAAGUGAGUCAGAAAUAAAAUCAUCAUCAUCAUCAUCAUCAUCAGAAAUAGUCUGUGUUGGUUAGGCCUGAAACAAUAUAUGUACAUAAAUUCCAACUGAGAAGAGACAAGAUGUAAAGAGGAAGGUGUCUUUUUUAAUAUGCAAUGUGAACAGUAUUCAUCUAAGUGUCUUCUAAAUAAAAAAUAAACCUACCCCUAUAUAAGCAUCUUGAUGUCCUAUAAAACCUCAGCAGAAUCAUUCCUGUUUUUUGAGGCGUUUACAGUAGCUGCCUGUUAGCAUGUGUAAUUUAGUAUAACUGCCACCUAACAGGUGAAUUUUCAUGCUUUUAGGCCCUUGCUGUUUCAUUUGUUUAAAAUUACAAUUAAAAUAGAACAUAGCAAACUUAAAUCUUGGAAACAGAAGACCAUGGUUAAUAACAGGCCUCCAGCUUUUGUAGGGUAUAUUAGAUAUUAAAUCACAAAGGUAGCAUGUAUGAAUUCAGGGGUAUGGUGGUUUAAAAAUCUAAAGGCAAGAGAUAAUGAAAAUAAAACAUAGCUGAGAUGAGGGAAUAUGGAAAAAGUUGGAAAACUUAUUUUAUGGACCAUAGUUCCCAGAAUCCCCCACUGGCCACAUUAGCAGAUGAAGUCUGAGUCCUAUAUUUUAAAAAAGUAGUAUUUCCAAGUUCUAGAACUCAGUAGCUACAGAAGCUGCCUCAAUGGAUAAAUAGUAUUGGCCAGUUUCCUGAAGCCUAAGUGGAAAGAGCACUGUGACCUCAAAAGUAGCAGUUACCUCAAAAGUACCUUCCUCUGUUCCAGCAUGGGUAUGUACUGCAAGUACAAUCUCCUUGUCAUGUUUCAUAACUCCAUGGCCCUCCUGCUCUUUCAACCCUUCUGCAUAACUCAGGUUAACCUUUAAAAAUGCAAUAUGUACUACAGCAUUGCAUGGAAUGCAAUUUCCCCCUUAGUACUGUCUCCUUGUAUGGGGCCAAGCCUCCACAUAUUCCUGGUUUAUUAAAAUAAAAAUCAGUUAAAAGUA